GAACCUAAUUUGUACCAUACUCUUUGCUGAGCACCAAGGAGGUUAAACUAAAUAAGUAAAGAAAUGGUCUCUGCUCUCAAGGAGCCUGUAGAGGAGCUGUAGUCUUUCCUCCUCCCACCCCCCUGCCCUCCAAAAAAAAAAAAAAAAAAAAAAAGGAAAAGAAAAAACAUCCUGAAACACUCAGAGGAUCACAAGGUGCUGAAAAAAUGCCCAGGUAAAAUUAUUACUGGAGACAUUUGACCUGGAAAAAAGAAAUCAGCUGAAGAGGCUAAGGUGGCAGUAUUCGAAGGCUGACAUUCGACAAAAGAAUGAGACUUAUUUUGUAUAGCCUUAGAAAGCAGAAUCUACCUCUCUGACCUUAUCACUAAGAGUGACAGAAGGAAGUCAAGGCACCAUUAUGACUCGGAUGAGAAAUCAGAAACAAGAGAAAAUGGUGUUACAGAUGACCUGGAUGCUCCCAAGGCCAAAAAAUCUAAAAUGAAAGAAAAGCUAAAUGGAGACACUGAAGAAGGAUUUAAUAGACUUUCAGAUGAAUUCUCCAAAUCUCAUAAGUCAAGAAGAAAAGAUCUACCAAAUGGAGAUAUUGAUGAAUAUGAAAAAAAAUCAAAGCGAGUAUCAUCCUUAGAUACUUCUACUCAUAAAUCAAGUGAUAAUAAACUAGAGGAGACCUUAACACGUGAACAGAAAGAAGGAGCCUUCUCCAAUUUUCCUAUUUCUGAAGAGACUAUAAAGCUUCUGAAAGGUCGAGGGGUAACAUAUCUCUUUCCUAUUCAAGUUAAGACCUUUGGUCCUGUAUAUGAAGGAAAAGAUUUAAUAGCUCAAGCACGGACAGGAACAGGAAAGACAUUCUCUUUUGCCAUCCCCUUAAUUGAAAGACUCCAAAGAAAUCAAGAAACAAUUAAAAAAAGCCGCUCACCAAAGGUACUUGUUUUGGCUCCAACAAGGGAACUGGCAAACCAAGUAGCCAAAGACUUCAAAGAUAUAACUAGGAAACUCAGCGUGGCGUGUUUUUAUGGUGGAACAUCAUAUCAAAGCCAAAUUAAUCAUAUUCGAAAUGGUAUUGACAUCUUGGUUGGAACACCUGGUCGUAUCAAAGACCAUCUGCAGAGUGGCCGAUUGGAUCUUUCUAAACUGCGACAUGUUGUGCUUGAUGAAGUGGAUCAGAUGUUAGAUUUAGGUUUCGCUGAACAAGUUGAAGAUAUUAUUCAUGAAUCCUACAAAACUGAUUCUGAAGACAAUCCUCAGACUUUACUUUUUUCUGCAACUUGCCCACAGUGGGUAUACAAAGUUGCAAAAAAAUACAUGAAAUCCAGAUAUGAACAGGUUGACCUUGUUGGAAAAAUGACUCAAAAGGCUGCAACUACUGUGGAACAUUUGGCCAUCCAGUGUCAUUGGUCUCAGAGGCCAGCAGUUAUUGGAGAUGUCCUUCAAGUCUACAGUGGGUCUGAAGGGAGGGCUAUUAUUUUCUGUGAGACCAAGAAGAAUGUAACUGAAAUGGCCAUGAAUCCACACAUAAAACAGAAUGCCCAGUGUUUACAUGGGGACAUUGCACAGUCACAAAGAGAAAUUACACUAAAAGGCUUCAGAGAAGGUAGUUUUAAAGUUUUGGUGGCAACCAAUGUGGCUGCCCGUGGUUUGGACAUUCCUGAAGUUGACCUGGUGAUUCAAAGUUCUCCUCCUCAGGAUGUUGAGUCCUAUAUCCAUCGCUCUGGACGCACAGGUAGAGCUGGACGGACAGGGAUUUGUAUAUGUUUUUAUCAACCAAGAGAAAGAGGUCAACUAAGAUAUGUGGAACAAAAAGCAGGAAUUACUUUUAAACGUGUAGGUGUUCCUUCUACAAUGGAUUUAGUUAAAUCUAAAAGCAUGGAUGCCAUCAGGUCUCUGGCUUCCGUUUCUUAUGCUGCUGUUGAUUUUUUCCGACCAUCAGCUCAGAGACUGAUAGAAGAGAAAGGUGCAGUGGAUGCAUUGGCUGCAGCUUUAGCCCACAUUUCUGGUGCAUCAAGCUUUGAACCACGAUCUUUGAUCACCUCUGAUAAGGGGUUUGUGACCAUGACUCUGGAAAGCCUAGAGGAAAUACAGGAUGUCAGCUGUGCUUGGAAAGAACUUAACAGAAAGCUGAGUAGUAAUGCAGUGUCUCAGAUUACCAGAAUGUGCCUCCUGAAAGGAAAUAUGGGUGUUUGCUUUGAUGUUCCUACAACUGAGUCAGAAAGGUUACAGGCUGCGUGGCAUGAUUCCGACUGGAUACUCUCAGUGCCAGCCAAAUUACCUGAAAUUGAAGAAUAUUAUGAUGGAAACACAUCUUCUAAUUCCAGACAGAGGAGUGGCUGGUCAAGUGGUCGAUCAGGCCGGUCAGGCCGGUCAGGUGGUCGAUCUGGCGGCCGGUCAGGUAGACAGAGUCGACAAGGAAGUCGCUCAGGAAGUCGACAAGAUGGUAGAAGACGAAGUGGGAAUAGAAAUCGAUCAAGAAGUGGGGGCCACAAACGGAGUUUUGACUGAGUAUUUGAUAGUUAAUCUACCAGUGUGAGCUUGCCUAUUUCUGCCUAAUCAUGUACAUUAUUCACCAAAAAUUAGGUCAUCAUAGUUGAGGUAUGUGUCUGCUAUUUGCAAAGAAGUUGGUCGUAUUUUUUUAAAAAGUAUUUCACAAGAAUGGAACAAAUCUACUUAUCCAGUUAUACCUUUGAAUAAAAAAACCUCCUUUUAUUGUCUCUUUUCA